AGCUCAGUUCGCGCAGUAACAAAUGAAGUGCGCGCUGCGACACCUCCUAGCUCGCCAGGCUCGUCCGCCAUUUCUUCGCCUGGCCUAACGGUCCGGCCAAUCCCAGCGUGCAUCGAGAAGGACUAAGGCUCCGCCAAUCGGAGGCCGCCGAUUCCGACCCCCUUGCCUCGGCUCGGCCCAAUCCAGGCCUCGGACCCGUCGCCCCCGGCCCGCCCCCGCGGCGCCCUCUCUCCUCCCUCUUUGUGCGUCUCGCGCCGCCGCCGCCCGCCGCGUGAGAGGACGGGUUCCGCGCGCUCCGCGGCAGCGCAGUCGGGUCCCCUCCCCCCGGAAGGUUCGCGAAGAAGCCGCCGCCGCCGCCGCCACCUAAAAGGAGCCACCGGUGCCGGUCCCCGGGGGCACCAUGGCGACCGGAGCGAACGCCACGCCGCUGGGUAAGCUGGGCCCCCCCGGCCUCCCCCCCCUUUCCGGGCCCAAAGGGGGCUUCGAGCCGGGGCCACCGCCUGCUCCCGGGCCUGGGGCGGGGCUGCUGGUGCCCGGGGCGCCGCCGCCCCCGCCCGUGGGCUCGGUGGGGGCCCUGACCGCGGCCUUCCCCUUCGCGGCGCUGCCGCCGCCGCCACCGCCGCCGCCCCCGCCUCCCCAGCAGCCGCCGCCGCCGCCGCCCUCCCCAGGCUCCUCGUACCCGCCGCCGCAGCCUCCCCCUCCGCCGCCGCUCUACCAGCGCGUGUCGCCGCCGCAGCUGCCGCCACCCCAGCCGCCGCGUCAGGACCAGCAGCCGGGCCCGGCCGGCGGCGGAGGAGACUUCCCAAGUAAGAAGCGGAAGAGGAGCCGAUGGAACCAAGAUACGAUGGAACAGAAGACGGUGAUUCCAGGAAUGCCUACGGUUAUCCCCCCUGGACUUACUCGGGAACAAGAAAGAGCUUAUAUAGUGCAACUGCAGAUAGAAGACCUGACUCGUAAACUGCGCACAGGAGACCUGGGCAUCCCCCCUAACCCUGAGGACAGGUCCCCUUCCCCUGAGCCCAUCUACAAUAGCGAGGGGAAGCGGCUUAACACCCGCGAGUUCCGCACCCGCAAAAAGCUUGAAGAGGAGCGGCACAACCUCAUCACGGAGAUGGUUGCCCUCAACCCUGAUUUCAAGCCGCCUGCAGAUUACAAACCUCCAGCAACACGGGUGAGCGAUAAAGUAAUGAUUCCACAAGAUGAGUAUCCAGAAAUCAACUUCGUGGGGCUGCUGAUUGGGCCCAGAGGGAACACCUUGAAGAACAUAGAGAAGGAAUGUAACGCCAAGAUUAUGAUUCGGGGAAAAGGGUCUGUUAAAGAAGGGAAGGUUGGGCGCAAAGAUGGCCAGAUGUUGCCUGGAGAAGAUGAACCACUUCAUGCCCUGGUUACCGCCAACACCAUGGAGAAUGUGAAGAAAGCUGUGGAACAGAUAAGAAACAUCCUGAAGCAGGGUAUUGAGACCCCUGAGGACCAGAAUGAUCUACGGAAGAUGCAGCUUCGGGAGUUGGCCCGUUUGAAUGGGACCCUUCGAGAAGAUGAUAACAGGAUCUUAAGACCUUGGCAGAGCUCAGAGACCCGCAGCAUUACCAAUACCACAGUGUGUACCAAGUGUGGAGGGGCUGGCCAUAUUGCUUCCGAUUGUAAAUUCCAAAGGCCUGGUGACCCCCAGUCAGCUCAGGAUAAAGCACGGAUGGAUAAAGAGUAUUUGUCCCUCAUGGCUGAACUGGGUGAAGCCCCUGUGCCAGCGUCCGUGGGCUCCACCUCUGGGCCUGCCACCACGCCCCUGGCCAGUGCGCCUCGGCCUGCUGCUCCCGCCAACAACCCACCUCCCCCGUCUCUCAUGUCCACCACCCAGAGCCGCCCACCCUGGAUGAAUUCGGGCCCUUCAGAGAGUCGGCCCUACCACGGCAUGCACGGAGGUGGUCCUGGUGGGCCCGGAGGUGGCCCCCACAGCUUCCCACACCCGUUACCCAGCCUGACAGGUGGGCACGGUGGACAUCCCAUGCAGCACAACCCUAACGGACCCCCACCCCCUUGGAUGCAGCCGCCACCACCACCGAUGAACCAGGGCCCCCACCCACCUGGGCAUCAUGGCCCUCCUCCAAUGGAUCAGUACCUGGGAAGUACGCCUGUGGGCUCUGGGGUCUAUCGCCUGCAUCAAGGAAAAGGUAUGAUGCCACCGCCGCCUAUGGGCAUGAUGCCGCCGCCGCCGCCGCCUCCCAGUGGGCAGCCCCCGCCCCCUCCCUCUGGCCCUCUUCCCCCAUGGCAGCAGCAGCAGCAGCAGCCUCCGCCACCCCCUCCGCCCAGCAGCAGUAUGGCUUCCAGUACCCCCUUGCCAUGGCAGCAAAAUACGACGACUACCACCACGAGCGCUGGCACAGGGUCCAUCCCGCCAUGGCAACAGCAGCAGGCGGCUGCCGCAGCUUCUCCAGGAGCCCCUCAGAUGCAAGGCAACCCCACUAUGGUGCCCCUGCCCCCCGGGGUCCAGCCGCCUCUGCCGCCCGGGGCCCCUCCCCCUCCGCCGCCUCCGCCGCCUGGUUCCGCCGGCAUGAUGUAUGCCCCGCCCCCUCCUCCUCCGCCUCCCAUGGACCCUUCUAACUUUGUCACCAUGAUGGGCAUGGGGGUGGCGGGCAUGCCGCCCUUCGGGAUGCCUCCAGCUCCCCCACCGCCUCCACCACAGAACUAGACUCGGUUUUUUUAAGAAAAUAUAUAUUAUAUAGAGAGAGAAUUGGUCUCGUUUAAACACACGCCGAACCUCACCAUAUGGAGCCAGACAUUGGGAUGCACGCAUGUGAUUGGUGUGCACGCAUGUGUGUGUGUGCACGCACCGGGCUGGGCCAAGCGACUGAGGACUCGCUUGGGAACGGGCAGGUGGUAGUAGGGGCGCCAGCUUGGGCUCUCCUGGCGCCCCGUAGCAUCGAGUGUCUUCUUUGUCUUCUUUCUCUCCUCACCCAACUCCCUUUGCCUCUCCCCAAACCGGGCCGCCAGGAUCCCUCCCCGCGGCGGCGAUGGCCCGAGCCAUGAGAGUGAGGACUUUCCGCGCCCAUUGGUGACCCUUCCAGGCAGACAGCCUCAGCAGCGCCCCUGGUGGACAGGAUGGUUCGGCAAAGCAGCCUGAGUUAUUUUUGUGGACGGAAUCGGAACACGCUGGCUCCAUAUCGUGAAAUUUUUAUUAAUUUUUUUCUUUUUCCUUUGUUAUUUCCUGAUCUCUUCCUUUCUUCAGACUCCGUCCAAGGAGAUGCUCUUCCCCGAUCUUCUGCUGCAAUUAGAUUCCUUUUCCUUUUUCUCCGUUCCUUCUUGUUCUCUUCCUAAGGAGAGGAGGGAGCAAAUGGUUUUAGGCGCAAGCUUUAGCCAUUGAUGUCAGGCUAGUUGCGGGGGUGGGGUGGGAGGGGGGGCUCUUUGGUUCUAAAAUUUUCAAGGUUGCCAUGACCACCCCAGAGACGUUUUUUUGUUGUUCUCUCUGUAGUGUGAGAUUUUUGUCUUUGCCACCUUUGUAGAGAAGUGGGUUCAUUUCCAGGUUCUGGGUCGACACCUAUCCCGGCACCCCUGCCAGCGUUAGGUGGGGCCACCCAAGCCACCUUUGGCUCGUCUGCCACCCUGGAGAGUCCUUUCCAUGCUCCCUGAGCAUCUAAGCUGCCUCAGAUUCCAUUUGUUCCUCUCCUUCCUGGAAGGUUUCCUUUUAAAUUUUAUUUUAAUCCCAAACGUCUGAAUGUUUUGCAGUGUCUAAGGGUUUGAGCCCCUCGUUUUUCGUUCUACUUCCUUUUUCCUCCCCUUCCCUCUUUAUGGAGUGAUUAUGUUGACAAUAAUGUAUAAUGCGCGUUCUCUUCACUGGUUUAUCUGCAGAAAUUUCUCUGGGCUUUUUUUUCGGUGUAUGAUUCAACACUGCGUUAAAGGGGGGUGUUCCAUUGAAUAAAAGAGCAGUGUGGUUUUC